AUGAAUCGAAAUAAUACGAUCUUGGACUUCGGUCCCCAGGGGGGUGCCAGUCAACCCGGCCAUGCCGAAGGCCAGAACCGGGCUACGUCCUUCCCAGACACCGAGUUACACUAUGACUACCCUCCUGUGAAGCCCAUCGCAGGACCGAUACUUCCACCUGUCUCCCCCGAGGAUCCUCGAGGCCCUCGCCCAAACGCUCAGGCUGGACAUCCUCGAUUCGAGACCUCGGCUUCCUCGACCCAACCCUCCCAACCUCAAGGAUUAACUAUGAGCCAGCACACACGCCCCAAGUACUCCGAGUACCUAGUUUAUCCCGACUGGACCGAAUAUCCCGAGCAGCCUCGAUACCUCGAACAGCCUCUGCGGCCUCUGCAGCCAGUGGGCCAGCCUGCUGUAGCCUCCAACAACCGAAACUCCCGGCCGAGACCUCACCCUCGAAACUGGGAUGAGGCAGAAUGGGAAGACCAUCUGCUCUUCCAACUGAGAGACCAAGGGCUGUCGUGGACGCAGGUUGGAAACAUCUGGCGCGAACGGACCGGAUAUGCCCACUCGGAUGCCACCAUGAGGUCUCGCGUGGCCAGGAUUCGAGCGAGAAUCGGACCUCCUCCUUCUCCGCCUCGGGCAAUUCAAGGGUUAGUAUUCCUCACACUUACGAAAGGAUAUAAGAAUGGAACAGAAUCUCACCUCACUGCAGAAACGCAGGAACCCUUCCUUUGGGCAAUUGAUCACUCACUGCUCCUGCUGCACGAGUCCUUGGCAAAAGGCUUCUUUCCAGCAUUGUCGGAAGGUAUUGGAAGCUAG